CUAUAGGAGAAAGGUGAAUCGAAAACCAUAAACCCCUCAACUGAAAUAACUGUCAGAUCAGAAAGCCCGAAGAAGAUUGAUCGGGUGGGAUCGGAGUAUGGAGAUACUGCAAGAAAGUGGGUGGGAAGAAUUGAGAAAAGAAGCUCGGAAGAUCGAAGGUGAUCUUGAUGUUAAGCUCUCCUCUUAUGCUAAACUUGGUGCUCGCCUCACCCAAGGAGGUUAUGUAGAGGCGGGUUCACCAACUUUAGGAUCCAGCAGGUCCUGGAAGUCCACAGAAAUGGAGAUUCAGUCAUUACUUGAGAAAUUACUGGAUGUAAAUGAUUCUAUGAGUAGAUGUGCGGCAUCUGCAUCAGCUACAACUUCCGUUACACAGAAACUGGCAAGGCACAGGGACAUACUUCAUGAAUUUACCCAGGAAUUUAGGCGUAUUAAAGGAAAUAUAAGCUCAAUGAGGGAACAUGCUGAACUUCUCAGUUCUGUGAGAGAUGAUAUCAGUGAGUAUAAGGCAUCAGGGAGUUCCCCCAAAAUGCAGAUACUGAGGGAGAGAGCUGCUAUACAUGGAAGCAUAUCUCAUAUUGAUGACGUGAUUAACCAAGCACAAACAACUAGGGCUGCCUUGGGUUCUCAAAGGGCUUUAUUUGGUGAUGUUCAAGGAAAAGUGAAACAAUUGGGUGACAAGUUUCCUAUCAUCCGUGGGCUAAUUGGUUCAAUCAGAAGGAAGAAAUCAAGGGAUACACUCAUUCUAUCUGCAGUCAUCGCAGCUUGCACUUUGUUUCUUAUUAUCUAUUGGCUCUCGAAGUAAUAGGUAUAUUUGUUGAUACAAGAAAAUUCAGAAGAUAAUGUUUUCAACGGAAUUUUGCACUUGCAGUCACUGCCAUUCCCUGAAAAAAGUGAUAAUCUUGAGUUCAUUACUAUAAAAUCUUUCUGUUUACUUC